GCACCUCCAAAAGCCAUACCAAAGACUAUUGAAAAUCAGAGAGUGUACGACGAAACAACUGUAGAUCCCAAUGAUGAAGAGGUUGCUUUUGAUGAAGCAACUGAUGAAUUUGCACCAUACUUCAACAGACAGACAGUUCCCAAGAUUCUUAUUACAACAUCAGACAGACCUCGUGGGAGAACAGUGAGAUUCUGUGAGCAGCUGUCUACUGUUAUACCUAACUCACAUGUCUACUAUCGAAGAGGACUGGCUUUGAAAAGAAUUAUUCCGCAGUGUAUUGCAAGGGACUUCACAGAUUUAAUCGUCAUUAAUGAAGAUCGCAAAAUACCAAAUGGUCUUGUUUUAAGUCACCUACCUGAUGGUCCAACUGCUCAUUUUAGAAUGAGUAGUGUUCGUUUGCGUAAAGAAAUAAAGCGAAAAGGGAAGGAGCCCACAGAACAUGUACCUGAAGUAAUCCUGAAUAAUUUUACAACACGGCUUGGACAUUCUAUUGGUCGCAUGUUUGCUUCCCUCUUCCCACAUGAUCCUCAGUUCAUUGGAAGACAAGUAGCUACAUUUCACAACCAGCGAGACUACAUCUUUUUCAGAUUCCACAGGUAUAUCUUUAAGAGUGAAAAGAAAGUGGGAAUUCAAGAACUUGGGCCACGUUUUACACUAAAGCUGAGGUCUCUUCAAAAAGGAACCUUUGAUUCCAAAUUUGGAGAGUAUGAAUGGAUUCAUAAGCGCCGAGAAAUGGACACAAGUAGAAGAAAAUUUCACUUAUAAGGGACAGCUAUCUGCCAGUUGCUGGUGACCAGAAAUACAACUGCUUUGAAUUAUGGAUCAUCUCAGACUCCUAAGUAGUGAUGAUACUGAACAGUAUCUGUCUGCAGAAGACAAA